AUGGAUGCGGGACUCUCUAUGAGCAAUUUCUCGCUGGACGAUGCCCGACUGCCGUCCAGGAGCGCAGCCAACACCAGCGUGCUCGUCGACAUUGAAGGAGCCGAGAUUGUCGACGAGGAUCCUGCGCGAGAGACGAGGGAUAUCUACCUGCCCAGGCACACUGAAUUCAUCAGUCACAUCGCUCUGGAUAUUGGCGGCUCACUUGCUAAAGUCGUCUACUUCACUCGAGUGCCCCACAAGAAGCUACAGGGCACGAAGCUCGAGUACGACUGUCCAGGCCCAGCGGAGCAGUCGGCAAGCACGUCUGCUACUUCGGGCAGCAAAGGGCUCGUCAAUGGCAAGAGCAUCGCGUCUUUGGGAUCCGCCAUUGAAGAUGAGCCACCGCGACCUCCUUCCCCAUUCAAACCCAACGGGAUCUUGGGACCAAAAGCAUUACAAAAGCAAGCAGAGCAAGCGAUGCCAGCAAGAGGACACUUUGCUUCUCCCACAAGUCGCGUCAAGCCGGGCAUGAUGAAGCGCAGGGCGAGCGUGACCGAACUACCGGGUGGUCGGCUCAACUUCAUCAAGUUUGAGACUGAUAAGCUGGACGACUGUAUUAAGUUCAUCAAAGACCUCAUCGAGUCAUCUUCACGAUCUCACGGCGUUGCGCUCGACGAGAUGAAGAAAGGCGUCAAGAUCAUGGCAACAGGUGGCGGAUCAUAUCUCUUCUACGAGCGUUUACGGGCCGAGCUAGGCGUCGACGUGACGAAGGAAGAGGAGAUGGACUGCCUCAUCACUGGCCUGACCUUCAUCACAGAGAUACCAAAUGAAGUCUUUUGGUAUAGCGACGAGCUAUUGCCCCAGUCAGCCGAUACAGAUGAGGAGCCCAAGCAAGCCCAAGAAGUGCGAAGAAAGCUUUCGGAUCCGAUACCUUCACCCGAAGCGAGUGUCCCUCUAGACAGCGAGAUGCGACCCGAUCCAUUACCCAUAGAGGCUUUGCCGCGUCCGUCUGCAAACCCGCCCAUGUACUCGCUUCUUUUCGACUCUCAUCCGACCCCUCACUUCCCCUGCAUGCUCGUUAACAUCGGCAGUGGAGUCAGCAUCAUCAAAGUAGACGACUAUGGCAAAUUCGAACGAAUCAGUGGUACCAGCUUAGGCGGUGGCACACUCUGGGGUCUGCUGAGUAUCAUCACCGGCGCAGAGAGCUUUGACGAGAUGCUGGCCAUGUCAGAAAAAGGUGACAACGCAUAUGUAGACAUGCUAGUCGGCGACAUCUAUGGCUCUGACUACUCAAAAAUCGGGCUCAAGUCGACAACGAUCGCUUCGAGCUUCGGCAAAGUCUUCAGAAAAGGCAGACAGAAGCAGGACUUCAAGCCUGAAGACAUCUCGCGUAGCUUGCUCUAUGCGAUCAGUAACAAUAUUGGUCAGAUUGCCUACAUGAAUGCGGAAAAGCACGGACUCGAUCGAAUCUAUUUUGGCGGCUGCUUCAUUCGGGGCCAUGCUGCUACCAUUUCCACGCUUUCCUAUGCCAUACGGUUCUGGUCGAAAGGCACAAAAAAGGCCCUCUUCCUUCGUCACGAAGGCUAUCUGGGUUCCAUCGGCGCCUGGCUCAAGAAUAUCGAGCAAGAGACCGGCUCGACGCUUGAUCGCAUCAUGCUCGUCUUUGUCAGCCUUUUGGCUCUUGCGUCCAGCGCCAGCGUGUACGCAGCUUCGCCCGCACUCCCGAUUGGGUUCAGCAUCAGCAGGCGCUCGCAGCCCAUGAUCCCAUUCGAUCGCGCUCUCGUACGGGAUGUGCCAGACGCAUUGACGAUCGACAUGCCUAUCAACCAUUUUCCAGGCGAUCCAAAGUACCAGCCGACCAACGAGACCUUCAAGCUUCGCUAUUUCGUCAACGCGGACCAUUACAAGCCCGGAGGCGCCGUACUGAUAUGGAACGCCGGAGAAGGAAGCGCUGAUGAUCAGACUGCUGCCAUCUUCAGCAAUCGCACCUUCAUCUACAACCUCACGCAAUCCACGAACAGCGUUGGUAUCGUUCUCGAACAUCGCUACUACGGCAAGAGUAUUCCCAUGCCGAGCUUCAGCACGGACGAUCUGCAGUACUUGACCGUUGAGCAAGCUCUCGCUGACUGGGAAUAUUUUGCAAAGAAUGCCGAGCUGCCGACACUGCCUCAGCUGAUCACACAAAACAAGGCGCCUCUGAUCUACCUCGGCGCGAGCUAUUCUGGCGCCUUAGCAGCAUGGCAAAGCGUGGUCUAUCCUACGACCUUUUGGGGCUACAUCGCAAGCUCGGCAGUCACAGUUUCAAUCCUAGACUUUGCAGCCUAUGUCAAUCCGGUGCGCGACUUCGCUCCGAGAGAUUGCGUCGCCAAUCUAUCAGCUGCCCUCGAUCUGAUCGAUACGACUUCAGAGUCAAUGCGCAAGCCUCUUCAAAGUAUCUUCGGUUUGCCUCAGGAUCAACUCGAGUUCGUCGAUUUUGUCAAUGUUCUUGCAGAGGGUCCUCUGGAAUGGCAAAGCAGCAGCGGAAACCAGCGCGAGUUUUCGGCGUUCUGUGACGCCAUCAGUACAGGCGAUGGAGUACAAGCUAGCGAUACCUUGCUCGAGGAAUCGGGGCUAGCGGCAGCUAGCGAGCCCGCGCGAUCUGCCGUCCUGCGCUACGCAAGCUACAUCACCAAUCGCACUCUUACUGACUGCGAAGAUGGUAACCUCAACAAGUGCUUCGGCACAAACAACGCAACUGAUCUACAACUUGCCGACCUUGAUCAGGAUUGGCGUCUGUGGGCAUGGCAGACUUGCUCACAGAUGGCGUUCUUCAUGACGGGCAACGUGCCGACCGGUGAGGCGGCUAUCAUGUCGAAGCACAUCGACCUGGCGUACUACAAGCGCGUCUGUCAGACUACAUUCCCGCCGGGCACAUUCAACAAGUUACCAGAAGUGCCGGACAUGGCGAGCGUGCUCAAGUAUGGCGGCUAUGGCAUCAGACAUCCACGUCUUGCCUUCGUCGAUGGCACAGAAGAUCCCUGGCGCCCUUGUACACCUCAUGCAGAUGCCGCGCCGCCCAGAAUCAGUACGACAGAUGAGCCCUAUUUGCUCGUUCAAGGAGGCGUGCAUGGCGCCGACUUUGGAGGACGCUACGGCCCAAAUCAGACGGCAACCAAUAACGAAGCUCGUGCGACGGAGCUGAGCAUCUUGCAGAGUUGGAUUGCGGAUUGGCAGCGCUUGCAUCAGUAG